GGUAUUACCCAACACAACAGACUCAAACAUGGCCAAAGGGAAAAACAAGUCAUCUGAAGAAAGAGCAAACAAGACCCGUACUUCAAACGGUCACAAGUCUAAACAACAUCAUAUCCGUAAGGGGAGACAGGAGCAAGGUGCAGCAGGUGGGUCCACGGCCGAAUCAAAGUUCCCAACCAAACUAGCAAUGUGGGAUUUCGACCACUGCGAUCCUAAGCGAUGCAGCGGGAAGAAGCUUGAACGAUUGGGACUCAUCAAGAACCUACGAGUUGGACAGAAAUUCGCCGGUGUUAUUGUGUCACCUAACGGAAAAUCUAUCGUUUGUCCUAAUGAUCGUGAACUCGUAGAGGAAAACGGAGCUGCCGUGGUGGAAUGUUCAUGGGCUAGAUUAGAUGAGAUUCCAUUCAAUAAGAUUGGAGGUAAACACGAAAGAUUAUUGCCCUAUCUUGUUGCUGCAAACCCGGUGAAUUAUGGACGUCCCUGGAGAUUAAACUGCGUGGAAGCACUCGCGGCUUGUUUUGCUAUUGUGGGACAUUUAGAUUGGGCAGAAAUGUUAUUAGAAAACUUUUCCUGGGGUUUGACCUUCUUGAAGAUUAAUGAAGAGUUGAUUGAACUUUAUCAAAAGUGUACUGAUACCGAGUCUAUCCAAAAGGCGCAAGACGAGUGGUUAGCCAAGAUCGAGAAUGAAGCCAAGGAAAGAAAGGAGAAGGCGCAUACUGAAGAUGUAUGGAUGAUGGGGAAUGUGAAUAGAAAGGGAGCACAAGAAGGAGAUAGUGAAGAAGAAGAAGAAGAAGGAGAAUUCGAGGACGGGGAAGAAGAAGAAGAAGAAGUUGAGUAUGACCAUUUAGGUAAUGUCAUCGAGAAGAAGAAAUAUGAUGCCUUAGGAAAUUUGAUCGAGGACGAACAUGAGGAGGACGAUGAUGACGAAGAAGAAGAAGAAGACGUUGAAUACGAUAAUUUGGGCAAUGCCAUACAAAAGAAAAAGUACGACUCCUUGGGUAACUUAAUCGAAGAAGAUGACGACCAAAAUGAGGACUCUGAACAAGACUCAGGCGAAAUUCAAUAUGAUUCACUAGGAAAUGUCAUGGACCUGUCGGCGGUAUAUGACAAAUUGGGCAACAUAAUAGAAAAGGACGAAAUAUCGGACAAACUAAACACUCUCACCGUAUAGAUUUUAAUAAAUUGUGCAUACUUCCGUUGUUUGCGGAGACGUGC